CUUCACCGACCCACGAAAGAGAACAGCUCCACGCGACAGAGAGACAGCAACUGCCCGACCGCACUCCUCUUCCACCUCCCGCCCACGCCCAGAUCUCCCGGAGCUUCCAGAGAGCAGCCUCGCCCCCACUCGAGGACAGACAUGGCGGCCUUCACCAAGCUCGAGGACUCCCCCAUGUUCCGCAAGCAGGUCACUUCUUUGGAACAACUUACCGAUGAGCUGAAACAGCGGUGUUCAAACCUUCAUAAAGGAUGCAAAAAAUUCAUGGGAUCUCUUGAUGAAGGAUAUGCAGGAGAUCUAUUAUUUGCCGACGCCCUAGAAGCUUUUGGUGCUGGUCGUGAUGACCCUGUUAGUGUUGCCAUUGGAGGGCCUGUAAUGUCCAAGUUCACUACUGCAUUUAGGGAGCUUGGAACAUACAAGGAGCUCCUUCGUUCUCAGGUCGAGCAUAUGCUUAGUGAACGUCUGACGCAAUUCAUUAACGAGGAUCUGCAUGAUGCAAAGGAUUGCCGACAGCGUUUGGAUAGGGCUACAAUGGGCUAUGAUCAGGCCCGUGAAAAAUUUGUGUCAGUGAGGAAAGGGACUAGAGCAGAAGUAGUGACAGGACUUGAGGAGGAUCUACACAACGGCAAGUCAGCUUUCGAGAGAUGCCGCUUUAACUUAGUUCAUGCCCUUGCAAACAUUGAAGCAAAGAAGAAGUACGAGUUCUUGGAAUCAAUAAGUGCGGUGAUGGAUGCCCAUCUAAGAUAUUUUAAGCAGGGAUUUGAGCUACUGAGCCAAAUGGAACCGUUCAUUCACCAGGUUCUAACAUAUGCACAGCAAUCAAAAGAAAUGGCUAUGAACGAGCAAGAUAAACUUGCAAAGAGAAUUCAAGAGUUUAGAACUCAAGAAGAAAUAUCAAACUUGAGAAUGGCUAGUAAUGUGAACACAUCUACGAGUGGUGAUGGCAUCCAUGUUGUUGGUCUUCAGUCCUAUAAAAAGAUUGAAGCCUUGAUGCAGUCAACUGCCAAUGGCCAGGUUGAAAUAAUUAAACAAAGUUAUCUCUUUAAGCGUUCUGAAAAUUUACGAGGAGAAUGGAAGAGGAGGUAUUUUGUUCUUGACAGCCAUGGGACUCUGUACUACUAUGGGAACAAGGGAAAGCAAGGAGUGGCAUCACAGCAAACUGCUGAACCGACUGGUGUAUUUAGUCGCUUCAGAUUCCUAAAUCAAAAAGCUUCAUCCCAGGGGGAUGAUUCUCUUUCAUGCCGUACAAUUAAUCUCAGAACUUCAACAAUUAAGAUGGAUGCUGAAGAAAAUGAUUUAAGAUUUUGCUUCAGAGUAAUCACUCCCAUGAAGGCAUACACUUUACAGGCGGAAACAGAGGCUGAUCAAAAGGACUGGAUCGAAAAAAUAACUGGAGUUAUUGCAUCACUGCUGAAUUCACCAUUCCCGCAUCAGCCGCCAUACGGGAAUCUAGCAGUAGAGCGUCAUGGUUCUGCAAGUUCCCUUGAUUCUGCUGCAUCUCUUGAAGAGAGCAAAAGUUCAGAGGCACACAGUGAUGCAAUAAACCAUCUUAGGAAUAUCCCUGGAAACGACAGUUGUGCAGAAUGUCGUUCUCCAGAUCCUGACUGGGCAUCUCUAAACUUGGGUAUUCUUAUUUGCAUUGAGUGCUCAGGGGCUCACAGGAAUCUUGGCGUCCAUAUUUCAAAGGUUCGAUCCUUGAGAUUGGAUGUGAAAAUAUGGGAGCCAGUAAUUAUUGAUUUGUUUCGUGCACUUGGAAAUGAUUACAAUAAUUCCAUUUGGGAAGCUUUGCUUCCGAAAGAAGAUCAAGGAAUGGAUGAGUCAAAUAGCGCUAUCCUAUUCAUGGAAAAGCCUAAACCUACUGAUGCUUUCUCAAUAAAGGAAAGGUUCAUACAAUCAAAGUACGUGGACAAACUUCUUAUUGCCAAAGAUGCCAAUCAAAUUACCAUUGGUAUACUGGAUGCUAUAAGGACAAAUGAUGUGAGAGCAGUGUAUCGCAUUCUUGUGUUGGCCGAUGCAAGCCCUAACAUGACAUAUGACGACUUGAACAACGACGUUAACCAUGUUCUACCAGUAACAGACAGGAAAUUAUUUGAUCCAGCCUCUUGUGAGAAAAUAGAGAAUUCCGGUAUACCAGAAGGUUGUCUGCAAGGCUGCUCCUUAUUGCACUUGGCAUGUCAACAUGGUCAUCCUGUACUAGUGGAGCUUCUGCUACUUUUGGGCGCGGAUAUUAAUAAGCAGGAUUUCCAUGGGCGGACACCAUUGCACCAUUGUGUCCAAAAGAGUAAUGAUGCCCUUACCAAGCAUCUACUGAAGAGGGGUGCAAGAACAACAAUUAAAGAUGGUGGGGGCCUGACUGCUUUGGAGAGAAGAAUGGAGCUUGGAGCAAUAACAGAUGAAGAAUUGUUCAUAUUAUUUGUGAGGUGAUUGCUGAAAAAUACUAGCUUGUUGUACCGUUGUAGCCUUAGCAAGCAAAGCUCAUCUGUAUCUGAAGGAGGCGUCGUGCCACCUGUUUUAGCUUCUUCUACACUUGUACAUCGGAAGACAAGAAAACUUACCGGAGAUUACUGUAUCUGACCUUUGUACCGUGUCACUCCUCAUUACAACGAUAGGCUAGUGGUAUAGCAUACAUUAUUACAUGUAUUUAUUCAUAUAUACGAUGAUUACUGGGGUUUGUAUGAUCAACAUGUUGUGACGCAUAUCACACUAUAUAUACAUUUGGGGAACUGUAAGCCCAUUUUAUCU